AUGAUUACUAGCAAUGACAAUGAUUCCAGUAUUAUUGCACGCAUCUAUUCAAAUUUAGUCGAGGUAAUUAUACCACUUCAACAAGAGCUACCUCUUGAAUUUUCAGCGAAUGAAUGGUCUUUUAUGCGAACCGAUUCGAUUACGCUCUUGAAUGCUAAUAUAACAUCACAAACCGUUGUCGAGAAGAAAAAAUUAUUAAACAAUAUUUCCAUUUAUGUUCGCUGGCCUCCAUCGCAUGGCAUUGAUCUGAAAGAAGCAAAACUUGUCGAUGAAGAGAGAAGAUUAGUUAAAAUACGUCCUGAAAAUAAAACCGAGUUUAUUUAUUACAUACUACCAGAAAAUGAGCCUAUCAUGUAUGUCAACGAAUAUCCAUCGGGAUCACGAUUCUAUGUUGACUUCACUUACAAGAAUAUGCAAGCUGAUCAACCGGUGUACGUGAGUUAUCUUUCUACAAAUCUAAAGUGGAAAGUAAACUAUCAGUUGAUGCUCGAGAAUGAGGAUGCAAAUUUGUCACUGCUCAUCGCCAUGGCCGAUAUUCGGAAUGAUGCUCCAUCAGCAAUGUCUCUAGAGCAAGUGGAGCUGUUUGCUGGUGACAUCAAUAUAAAAGUGCCUAGCUCAUCGUUAAUGUCGCACCACCGCUUCAUGGCAAUGGAGAGCGUCAUGGCCACGUCGAAUUAUAAUAUGUUUGACUCAGAAAACGAAAACUUCGUUUUCGAGUAUGCAGAACUUAAUGGAGUCUAUGCAUAUAAGAUCGAUAAACCAUUUUAUAUUGGUGGUAUGACCAAUUAUAUCCUAUCUAUGUUUCAUGAUAGAGUUAAUAUUGAACAGUACGUAAAAAUUUCAAUAUCGUCUUAUGGUGUUUCCGCAUUGGAAGGUAAAGGAAAACGCUCCUAUCGGCUUAAAUCAUCUAAUCGGUUUUUACCGCAAGGGACAUGCAUUGUACGCCAUUCGAAACGUAUUAUAGGCGAAACACAAUUAUCAAACAUUGCCGUAAAUCAGUGGUAUGAAUUUAUGUUAGGAGACGAUCCAGAUAUUGCCUAUCAACAAUAUUCUACUCUACUCUCUACUACACUUGAUAAAGAUAAAGUUGAAUCCAUGAAAUCGCAGCGUCGAUCAGUCUAUGCGAUUGAGAUUCGUUUAAGCAAUUUUAAAAAGAGCUCUGUUGAUGUUAAAUAUUCAUAUAACGUUAAUGGUUACACACUGAUACGUUUGUUACCUUCUCAAUCAUCUUCGUUGAAUGUAAAUGAAUCGCAAUCAUUAUUCCAACAGAAAGACUCAGACAUUAAAGCAAACAUAAAGAUCGCUGCUAACGAACUUCAAACAUUUUCGUAUGAAAUCGAAGUAGUCAGAAAUGAGUAA